AUGUCAUUAAAAGAACGUUAUAUUAUUCCAAAACGAAAAGAACCAGAACAACCAUUAAAUCAUCAUUAUCGUCAUCAUCAUCAUCAUCAUCAUCAUAGUUCAAAACAUCCAAGUGAAGAAAUAAAUUCUCGACUUAAUUUUAGUACUACACGUACAUCUGUAAUACAACAAAAAACAAAUGAUCGUCCUUAUGGAAAACGUUCAUUUGUUGUACGAGAAACACCACGUACACAAGAACAACAAUUAUCAAAAGAUGAACGACGAAAAUUAUUUGAGCAACAAUAUGAAGAUGCAGAAAAAGCAAAAGCAGCAGCAGCAGCUGCAGCAGCAACUAAUGCUGAAAGUCCAAGUGUACAAAAUGAACCACCACAGAAAAAACAACGAACAUCCGAUAGUACGGAACCAAUGGUUCCAAGUACUCCACCUCAACCACAAUCUUCAUCAAUGUCCAAUACCACUCCUUGGAUGUUUCCAACGAAUACUAUUUAUCCACAUCAAAUAGAUCAAACAUUUUGGAUUCAUCAACAUUUAUCACAAAUUCCUAUUGAUUAUAUUCGUUCAUAUAUAGCUUCUAUUGGUCAACCAAUUUCAAUAUCAAAUGCUUCAAUUGAUAAAGAUGAACCACCUCUUCCUCCCCCAUCAAAACCUGAUAAUGAAAAUGAAUUAUCACGGAUUAUUUAUUUACCAUCUGGUUGGUCUGUUGCGAUGUGUCCGUCAGAUUCUUCUGUUUAUUUUUAUAAUCGAAAAACAAUGGCUACUAGUUGGAUACCACCGUCAUUGACAAUUCCUACUGAACAUUCAGUUUUACAUCCACCACCACCUCCUCCACCACUUGAUUUAAGUCCACUUUCAUCAGCACAAAUUCAUGAACAACAUCAUCCACUUCAUGAUCAACAACAACAACAACAACAACAACAACAACAAAUUUCUUCUUCAUCUCGUUUACCUAUGAAAUUAUUAAAACAUUCUCAUCGUCAAAAUCGAUCUCAUCGACAACAUAAUCAUCAUCAUCAACAUCAUCAUAUAAAUCUUAAUAAUAAACGAAAACGACUUUCAAUAGUUGAAUCUACAACUAUAAUUAAAGAAGAACUUCAUACACCAUUGAAAGAAGAAACAUCAAUGAUUAUUUCAAAUGAACAGUUUAAACAAGAUGAAAUUAAUGAUAAAAAAUCGUUAGUAGAACAUACUGAAGAAAUGUCUGUUGAUGUUCCAAAAGUAUCUAUUGAUGAAAAUAAUGUGUCAAUAACAGUGAAAGAAUCAUCUGAAAUAAAUGAUAAUAUUGAUAAACAAGUUUCUUCUAAUAUAUUAUCAUCUUCAUUAAAAAUUAAUCGUGAUAUUCUUCGUAAAAAUAUUUCACAACAUGUUCAUACGACAUUAAAACCAUAUACUAAACGUACAUGUAAACAAGGACGUAUUGUAUCAACUGAUGAUAUUAAAUAUCUUGUUAAAAAAUUUACAUUAGCUGUACUUGAUAAAGAAAUUGAAAAAGCUAAAAAUGAUGGAAUACCAUUAUCAUCAAUAUUAACUGAACGUGUACGAUUAAAAACAGAAGUUUAUGUUAAAAAAUAUAUGAAUAAAAUGGGUCCAAUUUUUCAACGACAUGAUACAACUGUUCAUCCUUCUUCUUCUUCUUCUCAACCACCACCACAACAAACAACAACAACAACAACAACAAAUCCAGAAUAA